GUAAUUUUAUUCUGUGAAAAAAAUGAAGAUGCUCUUAAAAAAAUAUUUGAAAACUUCUUAGGAACAUUCUUACCAACUUCCUAUAAUUUAUCUUAUAUUUAGUCUUAAGAACAGUUUUGUGAAUCCGGCCCCUGGUUUGCCAACUUUCUUUUUCUGACUUCCGUAAAAUGUAUGAAUUAAAAGACAUGAACUCUUUUGACAAUUUAUUACUUAAAACAUUACCUUUUCUCCAGUAUCAUCUUCAAGUGACUUUUAUUAUUUAAAUAUUGCAAAAAAAAUCAUAAGGUGGUCCGCAAUCCAUAGCCAGGCUGUCUGCAAAAUAUUUGUGCAUAUUUACACACUGGGACUAUCUGAUAUGAUUGUAACAUAUCACAACAAUCUGUCAUAAAACACUCACUAAACUCAGAAAAUAUUAGUCGAGCUAUGUCUAAAGUAUCUAACUUGAGAGAAUGCAGUGACAAAUAUAUUCAGUUACUGAGAAAAGCUACGGGAUGUGAGGCACUUAUAGUCAAUUUAAUGUUUGGGAUUAUUAGAUAUAUGCCAAAAAUAUAAUGAAAAGACUGAUACAAUUUUAAAAAACCAUUACGAUUCUCAACUAUAAAUAAUAAAGACAAUGUGAAAACAUACAACACUUUAUCAGAGUCUGACUGGUGUGAUUAUAGAAAUGAAAAAUGGCAAGGCUAUUAGAGUGAAUAAAAGAGAUAAGGAAUAAAUUUGGAAGAAUGUCAGUAACCGAGCAUAUCUCAUCCUCCAUUGACUCCCAUAUUAUUUAUUUUCCCAACUACGGCAGUAAAGUGACGAGGUCUGCUCAGUUACUGACAUUCUUCCAAAUAUCUUCCCUAAUGUUCAGCAGAAUAAAUUUAUACAGGCUUGGAACAAUCUGAGUAAAUGAUGACAGAUUUUCAUUUUUGGGUGAACUAUCACUUUAACACAUCACGGAGACACAAAUAAAUGCAGUAAUACAUCCUAUCCACGAAGCGGCGCGCGGACUGCUCGUGCACCACUACGCAUGCGCAACCAUGCCACAUGUCGCAGUUUCAAGAUGGGUGCUAGUUAACAACACACGUGAGAUAUUUUAACUAAGUUUAUCUUUGCAUAAUUUUAUAUAACCACGAUCGUUUUAGAUAUAUCGUGGCAUUAUCGCAUUGUGAAGCUGUGAGGAGUUGUUCUUCAAAAAAUGGGGAAAUCAAAGACCAAGUAUCAGAAGAAAGCGCGUGAAGCUGCCAAUAAUCUGGCAGAGGAGACUUAUGGCAGUGUGCCGCACACCUUCGUGUUUCAUCGCGGACAGAUCGGCAAAAAUGUCGGUCAGCUCGUCAUGGACAUGAGACGAGUUAUGGAGCCUUACACGGCGAUAUCUUUGAAGGCCCGGAAGAAAAACCUCUUAAAGGAUUAUGUUACUGUGGCCGGACCAUUAGGAGUCACACACUUCUCGAUAUUCACCAAAACUGAUAGCGGUAUAAACAUGAGGCUUGCACGACUUCCCAAAGGCCCAACGCUGUGCUUUCGUGUGGCUAAGUACACGCUUAUCAAAGAUGUGGUUUCAUCAUUAAAGAGACAAAGAAUGCAUGACCAGCAAUUUACCCAUCAUCCUUUGCUGGUGCUGAAUAAUUUUGGCACAGUGGGCAUGCACAUCAAACUAAUGGCCACCAUGUUUCAGAACAUGUUCCCUUCCAUCAAUGUACACCAGAUCAGUCUUAACAGCAUAAAAAGAUGCGUGCUGAUACAUUAUGAUCCCGUAUCCCAGGAGGUAGAGUUUCGGCAUUACAGUUUGAAGGUUGUGCCUGUUGGCAUGAGUCGAGGGGUGAAGAAGCUUAUGCAGGAGAAGUUUCCCAACAUGAGCAAGCUGGAGGACAUCAGCGAACUCCUUAUGAAAGGGGUAAAUCUUUCAGAAAGUGAGGCAGAGCAGGAUGGGGAUCACAACAUCACAGAACUCCCUCAGGUGUACUCGGGUCGUGGAAACAUGGCUUCACAGCAGAGUGCAGUUCGACUAACCGAGAUUGGCCCCAGAAUGACCCUGCAGCUGGUGAAGAUAUUAGAAGGCAUGGGAGAUGGGAAAGUGCUCCAUCAUUCCAUCGUUUCCAAAACUGAGAAAGAGCUCCAGGAGAUACUGAAGAGGAAGGAGGCUCGACUGAAAGAGAAGGCAGAACGCAAGCUAAAGCAAGAAGAGAACAUUGCCCGGAAGAAAAAAAAAUUGGAUGAGAACAAGAAAAAGAGCUUGGAGGGCAUCAAGAGAAAACGCCAGCAGGAAGGGCAGGCGACGGAUGAUGAUGAAGUAGAGGAUCCUGGGAAGCAGGAUGAGCAGGUGGCAGCCGAGGAGUCUGAGGAUGAAGCAGAGUAUUACAGACAGGCUGUUGGAGAGGAACCUGAUGAAGACAUGUUUCCUGGGGCUAAAAGGAAGCACAGCCCUGGCAAAUCGCCCAGACCCUUCAAAAAGAGGAAGAUGUCACCCGGAAAGGCUCCUCCUAAAGACAAACAGACUUUCAAGACGUCUGACAGAAGAACGAGCGAUAAAGGAAAACGUUUCGGAGAUAAAAAGACAGUAGAGGGCAAAAGCAGGUUUAUAAAAAGCGAAGGUGGUAAGAAGUUUGCCAAAAAGGGGGAAAGAGAAAAUAGGUUUGCGGGAAAGAGAACAGGCGCAACAGGCACGAAAACAGGAGCAGGAGGCAAGAAAUUUGGUGCACAGAAAGGGUUUAAAGGACGUGCUGCUGUGAAACGGCAAAAAGCCGCUCGUGGAAAAAAGGACUUCAAACACAAGAAAGGCAGAAGCUGAAGGAACUGAAAGUGAGGUUUGACAUGAGGUGGAACUGUUGCCUGACUCUUGUCGUGUUACAUCAAUGAUGUAUCUUUUUGGAAACAUGCAUGAGUAAUACUGCCUGACUUUUGUCAUACUUGUGCCCUGUAUAAAUGUUUAUUCACCCAAUCGGGUGUUUGUACCAAUAAAUAAUUUCUAAACAGCUGAACA